AGUGUGUCCCCGGGCGCCGUGAAGGAUGAAGCUCGUGAGAUUUUUGAUGAAGUUGAGUCAUGAAACUGUAACCAUCGAAUUGAAGAAUGGAACACAAGUACAUGGAACAAUCACAGGUGUGGAUGUCAGUAUGAAUACACAUCUUAAAGCUGUGAAAAUGACCCUGAAGAACAGAGAGCCUGUACAAUUGGAAACAGUGAGUAUACGAGGAAAUAAUAUUCGGUACUUCAUCCUUCCAGACAGCUUACCUCUGGAUACUUUACUUGUGGAUGUUGAACCAAAGGUGAAAUCUAAGAAAAGGGAAGCUGUUGCAGGAAGAGGCCGAGGUCGGGGUAGAGGACGAGGACGUGGUCGUGGCAGAGGAAGAAGGGGUCCCAGACUAUAACUUCUUUCAUGAAUACUGUUAUGUGUUUCCAAGAAAGGCAGGAUAUUUUUUGUACAGGUUUUGUUUAUGAUGUCAAUUUUUAAUAAACACAUAUGUGGGAAAGA